GGGGCGGGAGCAGGAGGGACUAUGUUGCCGCUUGGAGCAGCACAGAUGUCGCAACACGUGUCGCAGCACCCCUCCCUCUUCCCCGAGCUGCUCCGCUCGCUGUUCGAGAUCGUGUUGUUCGAGGACUGCUCCAACCAGUGGUCCCUCUCGCGACCCAUGCUGGCGCUGGUGCUCAUCAACGGUGCGGUGUACGGGGAGAUUAAGGCCGGCCUCAUCGCCUCGCAGCCCCCCGAGCGUCAGGCCCACCUGGCCGCCUGCCUGAACAAGCUGAUGGCCGACGUGGCUCCCUCGCUCGACCCCAAGAACAAGGACCGCUUCACGCAGAACCUCACCGUGCUGAGACACGAGUACCGGAGCAAGAACUAGCUGAGG